UUGUACAGGCUGGAAAAGAUGUCAGCUACUUUGGUAUUAUUCUCAUAGGAUUUGCAAUUACAGGUGCUUUAAUAUGGUUUGUUGUGAGUGAGCUGUUUUUUGGCUUCAGUGCAAAUAAAGUUUAUGCUAAAGCUCUCAAAAAGGUCAAAGCAAGUGCAGAGGUAAUUGAAGCAAUUGGAGAACCAAUAAUGGGCCAUGGAGAGACAACUUCAAGAGGAAGAAGAAGACAUGUCAGCUAUCAAGAAUAUUUAGUGGAUGGCGAGAACUACAUGAGAGUGAAGUUUUAUGUGUCUGGACCCAAACGGAAAGGAACUGUUCAUGUUGAUGUAAAAAAGGGAUCACGAGGGGGUUUUGACUAUCGUUUCAUCUUCGUUGAGCUCUCUGGUUCACCCUCUGAGACUAUUAUAGUUUUGGACAAUAGAUGAGGUGUUUCCUGCAAGAAAACCAAAGUUCCCAAGUGUGCAACUGAAAGUCAAUCAUCCUACGUCGACUGAGUGAUACAUGAGCUGUUACGUUUGUAAUGGUGGCCAUGUCACAGAACUAAACGAUAAGCUUACAAUCUUAUUAGACGUGCCGGUUCUUUCAUUUAUUUUUUUGUGACUUUGACGUAUGACAAAAAUGGCUAAACGUAAGAAAGCAUAAGCGUUUUCCCCUUUAAAAGUAGUAAUAAACGCCCAAAUAAACAACGUAACAAAAUAUUAGCGGACAAAAAUAUAAACAAAUCGGAUCUCGUGGCGUGGCGAGCCGAGAGCUGCCUUCAGUUUAAUUUCCUUCUCAGGUUGAUCACAAGUCUUAUUUCGUUUCCGGCGGACUUUAUACUGAUUCGCCCUUGCCGUGUUAGUGUUUGCUGUCUACACCAAACAGAAAUCCCGUUUACAAACUACUUAUAUUGAUGAAUUCCCUCAGUGAUUAACUGAUUAGAGUUAAGGCAGAAAAUUGAUCACUCCUCUAUGGAGGGCUUGUUGCUGAUUUUAUGGUUGUUAUUGUUGUUUUCAGUUUUUACCACUUAUGAUUAAUUUUGUUCAUCUAAAGGAUUCUUCACUACUCGCAGAUCUGGGUAUCCAUUCUAAAAUCCACGAAAAAACGGAGCAAGGAAUACACGUUAUCUGAUAAAAUGGUUUUCCUUAUGUUUAUCACUGUAUCCUGGGUUAAUAAAAUUAAAAAAUACAUUGGUUGUGUCA